GAGUCGAUGGGCAGACGUGGCUAGUUAAAAUAUCAGCCGAAUGUCACACGUCAAUUUCAUUUCAACAUUCGCUUUCAUACCAAACUAAUUACGAAGUAGCAGAAAAUUUUUGCCAACAAAAAUGCUAACGCUUAAAUCGGUAUUUUUAACGACAAUUCUGUUGAAAUUGUUGCAUUUAAGUGAAUCGUAUAUAAUAACGAUAGAUGCACGAGCACAAGAUUGUUUUUAUGAACAGGGUCCAAAAUUGAGUUUAAUGUUCGAGGUGAUUGAUGGUGGUUUUAAUGAUAUUGAGCUUCGGAUAACUGAUCCAGAGGGUAAGGUGAUCCAUGAAGGCGAAGAAAAAUCCGGUAAAUACACAUUCGGCUCGGGUAUUCCAGACGCCAAAUAUACGUAUUGCUUCAUAAACGAAAAGGGUAGUAUGGCACCAAAGACAAUUAUGUUCAAUAUGGAUGUGUUGGACGGUGGUCGUGCACCAGGCGCUCCAAAUGAAAGCGAAAUUGGACACAACAAACUCGAAGAUAUGAUUCGUGAAUUGAGCGCUGGUUUGACGUCUGUGAAACACGAACAAGAAUACAUGCAUGUCAGAGAUAAAUUCCAUCGUGAAAUCAACGAAAGCACAAACUCUCGUGUUGUUCUGUGGUCAACAUUCGAAGCAUUAGUUUUAGUAAUCAUGACUGUGGGCCAAGUGUACUAUUUGAAGCGAUUCUUCGAAGUGCGUCGUGUAGUUUAAAUUGUUGUUUGUUUUGCCGAAAAGAAAACUCAUAGACUUGAAGAUUGCGUGGCAGAUCUCAACAAUCAUACACAUUCUGCCGCAUUCCAUACCAACAAAAAAAAACAACCAAUUUCAUCAGCGUCUGUCGUAAAUUAAAUUCAACCACUUUUUUGCUACAACAAAAUAGAAAGAAAAGGGAAGAAAAAGAGAAAAAAAGG